GCCGUAGCUAUCCCAAGUCUCCGCUCGCAAUCGUCCACUUGCGUGGGCUAUGGGACGAAAGCUUCUGUUGGGUUCCAGAAACCGCACCAUUCAUGCACGUCACGGGUGCAGCUAUCCCAGGUUUGAGUUGGCCUAGGUCCAAGCAACUUUGUGCAUAAAUGAAUCUCCCUUCGCAUGUACAUCUCAAAUGAAGAAAAAAAAUGAGUUGGCAUGUAUCUGUACACGCGGCAACCUGUGAAUGGCUUGUUGUGUCCGGGGAGUCUUAGCCAUUCACUUGGUCACAGCCUCACAUUGAUCAGGGCUCAAAUUCAUCCAAUCUGGAUUAGGGCUUCAAACUUUGUCACUACAAGAUCAUGCAAACUUUGCCGAGUCAUGGACAAUUCAUCACUCGCCCCGGGUUAUGAUAGAGAGAAAGAAUUGCAGGAAUUCGACGAGACCAAGGCCGGAGUCAAAGGCCUUGUGGACUCUGGCGCGACCAAGAUCCCCAGAAUCUUCAUCUUCCCACCCGAGAACUUGCACGGUUUGUCAACUGAUGCAAACAGGACGGGCAUCCAGUUGCCAAUCGUCAAUCUCGAUGGCUAUCGGGAUUCUCGGCGGGGAGAUAUCGUCGAUGGUAUUCGCGAAGCAUCAGAGACAUGGGGUUUCUUUCAGAUAAUCAAUCACGGGAUUCCGCUCGACGUGAUGGACAACAUGUUGGAGGUUGUGAAGAAAUUCCAUGAGCAACAAGUGGAAGUGAAGAGAGAGCUGUACUCUAGAGAUAGUACGAAGAGAGUGAGGUACUUUUGCAAUGGAGAUCUGUUCUUCUCAAAAGCAGCGAGUCGGAGGGACACUGUCAUAUUUGAUUUCCAGGAUGGUGACCUAGACCCAGAGGCUGUUCCUCCUAUUUGCAGAGAGGCAGUUUUCGAGUAUGAGAAACAUAUGGCGAAACUGAAGACAUCUUUAUCCGAACUAUUAUCAGAGGCACUGGGGCUCGGUUCUGAUUAUCUCAGUGGCACUGAGUGUGUGAAAUCGGAGACACUCGCAUGCCAUUACUACCCACCUUGUCCUGAACCAGAAUUGACUCUCGGCACGGUUAAUCACUCGGACCCUACGUUCCUGACUCUUCUCCUUCAAGACCACCGUGGUGGCCUCCAAGUCCUCCAUGAAAACCACUGGGUUGAUGUGGUUCCUGUGCGUGGAGCACUUGUAGCCAACAUUGGAGACUUCAUGCAGAUUGUUACCAACAACAAGUUCAAAAGUGUGGAGCACCGAGUACUUACCGGGCGGGUCGGACCCAGGGUUUCAGUCGCGUGCUUUGUCUACCCGAGCAGGAUGCAAAAGGCAAAACCAUUCGGGCCAAUAAAGGAGCUUCUCUCUGAACACAAUCCACCCUUAUACAAAGAAACCUCUCAUUUGGAAUACGUCGACUUUUACAAAUCCCAUGGCCUGAGUGGCAAUUCAACACUUCCUCAUUUCAGGAUAAGCGACUCCAACGAUAGCACGGCUGUGGAAAAUCCUGAAUGAGCGGGCCUUGACUGGUUAUAUCUUUCAUUUGAAUGCGUGGCAGGACUUUGUAGUUAUCUGUUUCGAUUUUAUGCAAUAAAAUAUUA